UGCUGUGUGAACGUGUCUCGUGAGUGUGACGAGCAGGAGGAAAUGAGCUUUGGGGCGGAGCUUGUUACUUUCAUUUAGAAUGUUUGCCAAAAACCAGCCUUAAGUUUCCUAUUAACUACAGAUCGUCUGCUUAUCAUCUGUAACUCAGGAGAACCGAAUUCAAUGGCAGACCCUCACCACAAACCCCCCGACUGCUGCAUCGACAUCUCAGAGCUUGAUGAUGAUGCUAAAGCUAACGGUAUCUCGCUGCCUGAAGUCACAUGUCUCUGCUGCUACGACGUGUUGCUGGAUCCCACCACGCUGAGCUGCGGACACAGUUUCUGUCGUCACUGUCUUGCCAUGUGGGUGCAGUCCUCCAGGGAGACCAGGUGUCCGACCUGUCGCUCGAUCUGGCACAGUUUCCCCAAAAUCAACAUCUCCUUCAGGGAUUUGGUGGAGAAACAUUUCCAGGCUGACGUGACGAGAAGACGUCGGAGCGUUAUGGCCGACCCGCGUGUCACUCGAUCUCUGCAGGUGUUAAAGCAAGCGGAGAGUGUGAUUCGCUGUCGAGUUGCCCCGCCCCUUGUGCGGUGGUACCCCUGGCUGGGUCCAGGGGGAUUCUUUUCUGGAGUACUCAUCACUCUCACCCUUACUGCUGUGGUGUUUCUGGUGUAUCACUGGAGUGCAGGAGAUCCGAAGGUGGAGCGUCUGGUGAAGAAGCCGCUGGGAGCGUGGACGACUGACGAGGUGGCGCUGUGGAUGGAGAACCUGGGGACGUGGACAUCUCCUUACAGGGACGUCUUCAUCAGGGAGCAGCUUAAUGGCAGGCUGUUAAACGCAUUUGGGGAACAGGAUUUCUUAAAGCCUCCAUACAGAAUAGAGAACGAGCUUCACAGACGAGCGUUACUGAAAGAAGUUCUACAUUUGCAGGAACUCGGCUUUAAACGGCCUCAAAAUCUCUGGGAGUACAAAGCAGUAAACGGAGGGAAGACUUUACUUCUCCUUUACACCAUGACCGACUCUCCACGACUCACCAUCCUCUACAUGUUCUUCUUCAAUUAUUACGACUCGUUCCUGCCCUUCAUUCACACCAGCUGUCCGUCGGCACAGAAGAGUUCAGGAGACGACCUGCCCUUUAGGAACCUGGACAGCCCUGAUUGGAGACAGUGGUUGUCGUUCGGGGUGCAGUUUUUUCUCCUGCCCUAUCAGUUGUGUUACGACUUUGUGUGGAAUUGGCAGGACGUUCACUACUGGACCUCACGCUGGGUCAUGUGGCACUGUUUAAUGCUCACACUGCGAGAAGGUCAGAUACUGUGGAAUCUCCGAAAACACUCACUCAGGUGCACCCUGAGCAUGCUGUCCUGCCAUGUGUGCAUCAUAGGAGCGGUCUCUUUCACCGGACUGAUCCUCUGGAACGUUCUGCAUCAGUUUCUUUGGGAUUGUGUGUUCUACUGGGCUCUUUACUUCAUCCCGUUAGCAAGUACAACCAUGGUUCUGUCUCCAUUGUUAGGCCAAUUUUGUGGAUAUUUAUAAAAUCAACACACACACACACACACACACACAGUAUAGUAGAUAUGCACAGUUAUAAUAGAUGUACACCAUGAAAAAUAUUAAGAUUAGGAAUGAUUUACAGGCCUUUAAAGAUCAUGAGUUUUAAAAAAAAUAUUUUCAUUAUCUGUCAUUUCCUAAAUUACUUCAUAUAUUUAUAUUUUCAAAGUUUAGGUUUGGGGAUUUAGGCUUUUGUUCAUCAACCCUUUGUAAAGUGUCUUGCUGUGAAUAACUAUAAAGUUUUAUUUUAGAUAAUA